UCCGCCAAGUUGAGAGUGGUUUGUUUUGGGCGCCAUAUUGAAAAGCUGGAAGUACGAAGAAAAGAGAGAAACUUCUUCAAAGGAGAAUGAAUACAGAAGGAGAAGGUGAUAGUGGGCAGCAAAGCGAUGACGCACAUGAUGGCUCUGUGGUCCAUCAGAGGAGGAGGCACAGAUCGUUUACAGAGAAGAGAAGAAAUUCCAUGAAUCUGACUCCUUUAGUUAUGCCAGGAAAUAACACGAGCUCUUUUGGUGCAUUCAAUUUUCCAUCAAGGUUUGGCAAAAAGGAGGACAUAAAAGAAGAGAGCAAGGAAUUGUUUGAACGUUUUGUGUAUGAUGAAAUAAGCAGGGAACAUCUUCAUUUGCCUGAUGACUUAGAAACCUUAUCAGGAAUAAGUACUCCACAAGGUUAUAAAAACCCUACUUGGGCAAAAUAUGGCCGUGAACUUAGAGUAAUGGCAGAUGAAUUUGCCGAGACCAAGGAAAGGCAACGAAUAAAAAAAAGAGCAGGAAAUGUGGAUAUGAAUUCUGCUACCUAUGAAAGUUUCAGUGAUAUGUUAUCGGAGUUAUUUUUUAGCGGUGGGAUGUCUUCUGCUAUAACGAGGGAGAGACUGGUUGUUCUCUUCUUCUUCUGUUCUGACAUUGUGAUCCGCUCUCUGAAGGCCAAAGCUACAGACUUGUUUAGAAAGUUUAUUGAGUGGUCGACACAAUUUAUAACUAGUAAAGUGGCAGAAUGGAUUGAGAGACUUGGAGGCUGGGGCACUGUUUUGAGGACCUCUGGACGCCUAUUUACCAACUUGUUAAUGAUAAGCGCUGUGUGUAUUGUUGCCUUUGCCGUAGGGAAGGUGAUCAUUCGCAGAAAUACUGGAUAGAACAAGCAGACAUUAAAACAGUCUCACAAGUAUAUUAAUAUAUGAACUUGACCUGCAUUGGCCACCACAUGAUAUCGGGAUGAUCAAACAUUUGUGAACAGCAUAGAAGAAUAAAGAGAGUAUUUUUGUGUACAUGAAAUCUGAAACAAGUAACUACCAUAGAACAACAGAAAUUUAAUUAGAAAGUGUAAUUACUGGUCUAAAUAGUUAAAUACAUGUACAUACUGCUGAUAAAAUCUGGAUGAAAUUUUUUUGGCAAUUAAAUAUGAAGGUGUUUCGCUCUUGUACAAUUUCAACAGUAUUCUAUUGUGUAACAAGAUGAAGAGUCUUUGAAUUUGCACGAAGAAGAAAAACUCAGUUACUAAUCAUGGUAGACAAUUACAAGUCAUUGUGUACAUAUACAUGUAGUAUUUUGAAGAAUAUACAUGUAAUUGUUUUCACCAUGAUUCAGUACUGAGAAUUUUUUUGAAGAACACAAAACUUUGACAUGAAAAUUGUUAUUAUAAAGUACAUGAACAGUAAGUUGAAUGAAUUUGUGCUGGAUGUUAGAAAUAUUACUUGUCAGAAUGAUAUUCUACAUGCAUUUAACCCUCUAUUGAUAUGCUUGCAGAAAUGAAUUUAACUUCCUAACAUGUCAUACACAAUGUGUUCAGAUAUAAAUUUUGUAUUGAAAUCACAUAUAUUGUAUGGUAAUGGGUAUUAAUGGGGUAGGCUAUAAAUUUAUGUCAAUAUUUAAAACCUUUUUUGGGACUUUUAAAAAAAAUGUUUUCGAUUGUAAAUUCUAUUACUUUUUCACUUCAAAACAAUUCAAAUAUUUUUUAAUUGGAAAUAUCUUUUUAAAAACACUUCACAAUUAUUUAAAUUCUGUGUUCAUUUAUUUCUGUAAAUGAAUUUUGUAUGCAUAAAGGGGCCAAAUCAGAAGAUUAAUGUGAGAGGUAUUUUCAUUGAUUGUGAAAAUUUGCGUUGCUUGCAUUAGGACAUACAUACCAGGUACGUUCACACUCAUUCUCAUUAACGAUUGGCUAACAUCAAAUUAAAAGCAUACAUGGUAUACACUUUCCCAAAACAAAUAAAGUACCAUACAUGAACUAGAACAACUUUAUUCAUUCAUCUUUUUCAGUGUACCUGUAUAAAAAUUACUUCCGACUUUCUGAGAUUUAAUUCUCUGUACCAUAAUUCAUGAUAUGCAAAUAUUUUUUGUAGAGUAUGGAGGAGAAUUGUUCUAUGUAUUGUACAUAUGAAUACAAAACCCAGAUAUUUACUAUAUACAUGUACAUAAUAAAUAUUGUAUCACCAUAAAUAAUGCAUCUACACAAUAGUGCUUAAUAUACAAUUGUUUACGUCGUAGGUACCUAUAUGAUCCGUCUUUGCACAGCUCUGAUCGAUCCUGUUGGGGCCCUGGCGCAAAAAGUCUAAUAUUCUUGAAUUAUUUAUGAACCAAAUCCAGUUUUCUAAUUGGUUAUGUAGAUAAUGGCAGCUACAGAGAAUCUGACCAUAUCAGAAACGUCAUUUUAUAUGUUCUUUGGUUUGUUUGGCAAGGUGUUGAUCGAAGGUGUUGAUCGAAUUACAAAAAGGCCAGUGCUCCCACGGGUCAAACGAGUGAAAUGUAGAGAAGACUCUAUGGGGGCCUAUAGGAUGACUUUUUAUUGCGUAAUAAUAUUGUUACCAGGCUCAUAGAACACUUUUUAAAUUUACUCAAUAAUUUAAGGGAGAAAUAGUGAUGGAAAUGGGCAAAGAUAGAAUACUCUUAUGAAUUAAGAUAAUUUGUUUCAGGUGGAAAUAAAGCCUGCCUUGUAGCCAUUAUGAUUUGUCCUUUGAGCUGGACAUGAUCAUUUAGUCUGCUUUUAGUUAGAAAAGUCACCAUGUAAUGAUAGAAGAACACUGUAUAUUUUGCAUAGUUUUAUUUAUAUGUAGUUAAAAGUUCUAUGAAUUAUAUUUCCAAUAUAUUCCUGAUAACAUUUAAUCUAUGUCCAAUGUUUCAUUUUAGUUUUGCCUUGUUAAAUCACUUAAAAAGUGAUAAUGCAAGCAAUUAAUAUGUACAGAAAUCUGGUCAAAUUCGAUUUAUUGAACAUUAUAUUGGUUUUGAUGAGUUUGUUUUUUGAUAGAUUUUUAUUAUACAGUAUGACAGGAUAAUUAGAUUUUUUUUUCUUUCCAUAAUUAGAAACCAAUCAAAUGGAAAACCACAGCUCUUUUAUUUCAUAUGUCUGUUUUAAAAUUUCUGAUUCAGUAUCAAAGCUAUCUAAAGGACAAAUUUCUGAUUCAAUAUCCAAGCUAUCUAAAGGACAACCGUUUGUUUUUUAAUUUCCUUAAAUUAACUAACAGUAUGUUGGUUUUAUGUUUUCAUAUAUAUGUGUGUUCAUAUUAUGGAUGAUAUGAAUCUGGAAGCAUUAGUUGGAUGUAUAUAUAGUGGGCGAAACAAUCAGUAAUACCAAUCAUUGAUCUCGGUAUCAUUCGGUAUAGAAUGAGGAGUCCAAAAUGGACACCUUUAGGUGAAGGUAAUGUCAAAGUAUUAGGUAAAGGAUAUCUUAAGCCGAAAGGGGUUAUAGUCAAACAUUGUGUUCAUUCAAGUAUCUUAUUAUCCAUGAGAUUGAAGGAUGGUAUAUUAAUUGUAAUGCCUCAGUCAUUCUGUCUGUCCACAUCAUCAUUUUUCGACAAUAAUCCUAUUUGGACAGAUCAAAGUCAAACUGAACUGUUUCAUUAUUGAAGUGCCAGCUGGGAUGAUUUUGUUUUUGUGUCAAAAUGUCAAGGUCACUGUUACUACCGAUAGAGAAUUGGUCUGUGCCAAAUCAAAAGAUCAAAGAUCAGAUGUCAAUAUAAGUAAAAUAUAAGCUACUAGGGCUAGUAUCAUUCAGCAGUAAAUGUACCAUGUUUUUUUUUAAUUUAAAUUAACAGUGAUUUUUUUUUUUUUCCCAAUAUGACAUCUCGGUGAUUUAUUUUUAUUUUCCAAUAUGACAUCUCUUUAUGGCCAAUCAGUUGCAUGCUGUUUUAUAAGAUCUGUUGACAAAGAUACAAUACUACUGGGUACACUUCUCCACAAUGAUAUGACCGAAAAAGUCUAAAAAUCGAAAUGCAACUUAGAAGACUCAAUACAUAUAUAAUGUAUACUGUAUUGUUGUUAUUAUUUGUGGAGGGAUUUAAAUUUGUGGUUUUUAAAUAUAGCAUGAAAAAAGAUACCCAGAAAAUAUUUUUGUAAGUGUUUACAAAGUGUGGUCACACAAAAUUUAUUGGGACAACUGUGAAAUUUAACAACUCUGCAGUGAUAUAAGUAACAAGAAAACGAUGAUGAGGAAGUGGUAUGAAUACCAAAAAGCGCACAAGGGUAAAAAUAUUAAAAGAAUGAUCUCAUGAACAUGUGUUCAUUGCUCAAUUAUUUGUAGUCCAUUAUAUUUAGUCAAAGUAUAAUCAGUAGUAGUACAGAUAUUAUUUUUUAAAGAUUUAUUCUGGUUCCAACCAAUGCAAGUGCUCAAGACUUUCAAAGAGUUAAUUGAAAUACAAUUCGGUGUUAACUAUUUUAUUGAAGGAGUCAUUGUUUAUCUAUAAGCUAACAUAUAUUUAUUUGUAUUAGAAGGGGUUUAUCAAUUUUUUAUCCAGUAUCUUUUUUUUUUUUUUUACUUAGCUGCCAGUUGCACACUUCAUCAUGUGACAUGCAUAUGGCAUAACAAAGAAGUUUCCUGUAAAUUGAUGUAAAUAAUAUUUGAUUAGUAGAAAUUAUCAGUUGUCAUUUUACAUUUUAGGGCAUCUUAAGAAUCCCAGGGUUAUAUUCUCCAUUGGUUGUCAAAUAUGAACAUCACCCCAGGAAUCUCAUGAUAGUCACCAUAUCUACAGUAUUCAACAGCCUUUAACCUUGUGUAAUCUAACCUAGAAACUUUAAUUCACAUCAUCCUAAUACAAAGUAUAUACACGCCUGUGUGCCUAAAGAUGUUAUAUAUGUAUGUCAUAUGUACCACAUUACUGAAAAUUACUUAACACAAUUUUCUGUGAAGAAAGAAUGAUAACAUCAUUGGAAAGCUACCGGUAAGCACAUUUCUUUGCGACUUAUCCACAAUGAUUGUACAAUCUGUUUCACCAGCCAUGUGAUAAGACAGUAAUCAUGUGAUAGUGCAGUGGUCAUGUGAUAGCACACAAGCCAAAUGAUGUACAGUAGUUGUGCUUGUUUCAUAUUUGAUCUCAAGUGGCAGCUUUUCAAUCCAUCCCUAUUUGCCUAUGUACAUAUAUACUUGUUGCGAUUUUAUACUUCAGCCUGUCAUAAAUGUCUUAACUGCUUACACCAUCAUUUCAGCUUAAUUUGAUGAAAAAAAACUAUUUUAUAUGUAUAUUGUAAAUGAACUGAAAUGUUCAAGUAUUUUUUUGUCAAAAAAAACUUGAAAAUAUUUAUUUUUACCUGUACAUCUCAUAUUUAGGCAAGUCGAGUUAUAUUUUAAACGUUUAUAAUUACAAAUCACUGCUAUAUAUGGUGCAAUUAAACAAAUACAUGUAACUUGAUCAAUUGUUAGUAUGAACUAUGGCUUUGCUGUUGACAUGCAAGUUUCAGGGGAACACAAUUAGAUCAUGUACAUCACAUAUAUUGCACAAAAUAACCAUGCUGUUAAGCUUACAAGUGCAUGUCUAUAGCACACGAUAGGAGCAUUUGUUUUUUUGAAAAAUUGUUCUACUGCUGAGUUUGAGGUGAAAGGUGUAGAUUUCUGGGGAAAAGUCCCAAACUCCAAAAUAGAACUGUUUGUCUUGAAAAUAUACUUCUUCCUAUGAUCAAAUGUCUUAAUGGUAUCCAAUAGGAGAAUUGUAUUAAUUAAAAAGUAUCCCUUGUUGCCAUAUUUGUGAAAUAUUAUUUACAACCCCCAUUUGCAUGUCAAGGUCAAAAAUAGAAUCAGAGUUUAUCCGUAUAUAAAGUUAAAUCUAGUCAAACUAAUGCUCCUAUUGUUUCCUCUAGACACUUGUGAGUAAAAUGGCAUGGCCAUUUUUCAGGUUUGAUUAUUUGUUUGACGUUGUGUAACGCUACAGAGAUAACAUGUCCAGACAGAAGAUUUUGUUUACAUAUAUAGAUGUAAAUAUAAAUAAACUGAUCAAUAAAGACAUUUUCAAAAAUAUGUUUAUACUUAAAUACACUGCAAGGUUUAGAUGCACCAUUUUAUAGGAGAAUAAGUAAAGUAAAUUAAUAAAUUGAUUUGAUAAAGAGUCGAUCCCUACACUAUUAAUCUCCCAGUAUCUAAUAUUGCCAUUAUUUUAGGAAGGUGUCCAAUUCACAUACCAAAAGUUUAUGCCAUACACUUCAAAAGUAGCUCAGAUUAUUAUGAUGCAAUGUAUAUUCAUAUUAAACAUUUGCAAACAUGGAUUUCCCCUCCAUAAUAAAUAAAAGGGAGGUAAUCUUGUAGAAGUCUAAUAAUAUGUGUUGAAGAUACUUUUGUAGCGUGUACAUGAAUUUUAAUAUUUUUGGAUUAUUUAUGUGUUUUGUAUAAUGGACAGUGAAUGUCAUCGCUAUACUACAGUUGUUACUGAAUGAAGAAGUCAUUUUGGAAGAACUAUAUCAUGUUUGUACAUGUUUGAAUUGAAAUAUUAAAAAAAUCACAAUACAU